AUGGGAGGCAGUAGUGGGCGUAUGUUCGUCACGAUUGGCACGGAAGGCGACGGGAAGAAGGCAUCCGUUGGGUCAGUGAUCUGGAUGGAAUCAGAAGACGGAGGCAAGAAGGCAGCACCACCCUCGAGAGUUGGCGAUCUCGAUUCAGCUGACCCAAAGGAUGUGGAAGAGCAGCACGAGUCCGCAACGGCUGAGGGCAUUGACGACGAAGAAGAUUAA